UUUGAGACAUGGAGAACAAGAGAAAAUAUUCGAAAAGAUUGAAAACAAAAAUAAAGAAAAAGAGAAACUUUCUACACUAUCACUUGAUUCUUUUCUUCCGAUUGAAAUACCUGAAGAGGAUACUUCAAACUACCAAGAAAAUCCAAAGGUUCUUGUACCAAAAUUAGUAAAUCCGAGACAAAACAAAAAAUCAAAAUCAGGAAAAGGCGUCCCACUUACACCUGGUGAUGUCAAACCAGAAAUAAACCCGAAAUCACCACCUCCUUCCCGUUUUAAUUCUCCAUUACCACCUUCUCCUCAUCCUAAUCCUGAUCCAAACAGUAAUACUGAGAUAGAUUUAGACGAAAUAGCUGGAGCAAACUGCAUUGUACAAAAGGAUAUGCCUAAUUUAAUACCAACCAAAGAAAAAAUUCGUGAAAUGUUAAAUGAUGCAAAUAUUUAUGACAUAUAUCAAGCUGGAUCUUAUCAUGAGAAGCAAAAGAAUCCAAUGGCUAUAUAUAACACAAAAUUAGAAGAAUUACUCAAUAUUCAAUCCAAUACAUGGUCGUAUCAAAAAUUAGCAUCUUGUCAAUCAAUUAAUUUUGUGAUUGAUAAAGUAUGUGCUGAAAUUCGAGAUCAGUUAAGUGAUCUAUUUAAUAAAUGUUCAAAUUCUGUUGUUUUUGAAUGGGUAAUUAUGAUCGAUAAUAGUGGUUCAAUGAGUAUUUAUGAGAAUUAUAUUUAUGAAGCUUUGAUCAUUAUGCUGGAAACGUUACGAAAACUUGAAUGUCGUGUAGCUGUUGGACGAUUUGGCAAUCGUAGUGAACGAAGUCAAGUCAUUUUAAAACCAUUUGAUCAACCAUUAACAUUUCGUGUUGGUCAAAUGAUAUUAGAAGGAUUAACAUUUUGCGAAAGUUCUCAUAUUUCAACUGGUAUUGCAGCAAUAGCUGGCUAUAUAUGGGGUCAAUCAGGCAUACCUUCGACAAACACUGUCAAACGUAUAGCAUUGGUCAUAACAGAUGCAUUAUCAACAGAGUUACGUGAA